GCCGGGGCGUGCUACGUGUCGUGAGCAUACGCAGCAGGGUGGGCGGGGCCGCGGCGUACUACGUGUAUAGUGAGCUCCCGCGACUGGACUGGCGCGGCCCCGGCGACGCGGGAGGCGGAGGCGGUGCGACAGUGUGAUUAAAUGCAUUUAUGGAAAAAGGAAAAUUGAAUAGUAAGAUGAUAGCAGAAUAUUGUAAUACGGCAAUGGAUUCCUCAGUGGAAAACAACAUUUAUGUAAACAAAGUGUGGGUUCAGUGUGAGAAUGAAAGUUGUUUGAAAUGGAGAUUGUUGUCAAGUGAGGAUGCAGCCAAAGUUGAUCACAAUGAAUCAUGGUACUGCUUCAUGAACACUGACUUAAGGUACAAUAAGUGCUCUGUUUCUGAAGAAGACUUUCCUGAAGAGUCUCAGCUUCAUCAAAGUGGAUUUAAGAUCGUCUAUUCACAGCUCCCUCUUGGAAGCCUGGUUUUGGUAAAAUUACAGAAUUGGCCAAGUUGGCCAGGGAUACUUUGCCCUGAUCCUUUUAAAGGGAAAUAUGUGACCUAUGACCUCGAUGGAGAUGUUGAACAGUAUCACGUAGAAUUCCUGGGUGAUCCCCAUUCAAGAUCAUGGAUAGAUGCAGCGUUUGUUGGACAUUAUAGUAUCACAUUAAAGCCAGGAAAAUGUACAAAUAAAAAGAAGUGGUAUAAAAGUGCACUACAAGAAGCAUACCUCCUCUAUGGAUACUCUCAUGAGCAAAGACUGGAAAGGUGCUGCCUAUCGAAACAGGACAAAUCCAAAGCAGAUGGCAAAGUUGCUGUGGUGGCCAAGAAAGGGAUGCAAGUUUCCAAAAAUAAUACUCAAAAGAAAAAGCCUAAAUUUAGGAAAAGGAAAGCUAUUUUAAAAUCAUCUUUUGAAAAUGUUUGUUCAGAUGAUGCCUUAUCAAAGGAAAACAUGGUUGUCUCUGAGACAGAACUUUUACUAAAAGAGCUGGAGCAAAUGCUAGAGCAAGCGCGGGAGCCCACAGCCGCUCCUGAUGAGUCCGAAGGGGAGCGCAGAGAGGAGACAGAUACAGGAGAAAAGUUAUCGAAAUGUGGCCCUGAAGCUCCUGUUGGCAGCUCGCUUGAGAACCACUGUGACGAGGACUAUCUUGUAAUUGAUGGGCUAAGAUUAAAAGCUGGAGAAUGUAUUGAAAAUAUAACUAACAAGUUUAAAGAAAUAGAUGCGUUGAUGUCUGCAUUUUAGGGCAUUACAGAUAUUUUCAAAAGUUAAUUAUAAAAACAUUUACAUCUUUACAUUUUCCCAAAGUCAAAACUUAAAAAUGUUUAGUGAAAUAGGUAUACAUUAUACUGAAGUUGUUAUUUCUAAUAACUUUCUACUUCGUGUUUUGAAAAUAUCCAUUGUUUUGAGAGUCAAUCAAAUGGUAAUUAAGUUAGUGUUAUAAAUUUAGAAUCUGAGAAACCCUGAUAUUUGUAUUUGUAGGGUUUUUUUCUUGUUUGCCUUAAUUUUAAAAUGGCUUAUGAAACCUACUUCACAAAUACAUGCUUUACAAUGAUUAUUUAGGCCCUUUGUUCAAAUGUGGCUAACUGUUAAAAUGACUGCCAAUGCUAUUAUAAUUCUUACAGAUAUUUCAAAUCUAAUAUACUUAGAGAACGUGAAUUUGUAGUAGAAAGAAGCUACUGUAAAAUAAAAGGAAAUAAUAAAAAAUGGUUGUGUAAUAGA